GCCGGCGAGGCCGUUUGACGUAGCCGCCAUUUUGUGCGCAGGGCUCUGAGCCUGAAGAGAAAAGAGCAGAGCGGCACCAUGUCUCGGGAUCGGUUCCGUAGCCGAGGCGGGGGCGGUUUCCACCGGCGCGGAGGCGGUGGCGGAGGCCGGGGAGGCCCCAACCAUGAUUUCCGGUCUCCACCGCCCGGCAUGGGCCUUGGCCAGAACCGCGGCCCCUUGGGGGGCGGCCCGCCUGGCGGGGGCCCUAAGCCCGAACCCCCGAAGCCGCCCGUCUCGACCGCCACGCCGCCCGCUUCGUCCACUUCCGCCACUGCCACUACCUCGGGUUCCUCCGGCAGCCAGGCCGGCUCCGGGCCCCCCGCGGGGCCUCCACCGGCUGCCGGACAGCAACAGCCGCAGGCCCAGGCUGCCACCGCUGCCGCUCCCCCUUCCACCCCGUCCGUCCCUGGGGGACAGGCGCAGGCGAAGCCGAGCCCCACCCCUGCCGUCGGCCCCAAGAAAGGUCAGGGCCAGUCUCCGGGCGGGGGGCCCAAGGGCCCGGGUGGCCCCCAGCAGGGCCCCGGCGGCCCGCACCCCAAGGGGGGGCAAGGACACCGCGGCGGCCCGGGCGGCGAGCAGCGCGGGCGCGGUCAGGGCCAACAGCACCAAGGGCAGGGCCUCAACUUGCAGCAGGGCCCGGCCGGGGGCAGCGGCGAGAAGACCGCGGACGAGGGCUUUAAAGCAAAUCUGUCUCUUCUGAGGCGACCUGGAGAGAAGACUUACACCCAACGUUGCCGUCUGUUUGUGGGGAACUUGCCUGCUGAUAUUACAGAUGAAGAGUUCAAAAGAUUAUUUGCUAAAUAUGGGGAGCCUGGAGAGGUUUUUAUCAACAAGGGGAAGGGAUUUGGAUUCAUUAAAUUGGAAUCCAGAGCACUGGCUGAAAUUGCAAAGGCAGAACUUGAUGAUAUUCCUAUGAGAGGCCGACAGCUUCGAGUUCGUUUUGCCACACAUGCUGCCGCUCUUUCUGUGCGUAACCUUUCACCCUAUGUGUCCAAUGAGUUAUUGGAGGAAGCUUUUUCACAGUUUGGUCCAGUUGAAAGAGCUGUUGUGAUUGUAGAUGAUCGUGGCAGAUCAACAGGAAAAGGCAUUGUUGAAUUUGCAUCUAAGCCAGCUGCAAGGAAAGCGUUUGAACGGUGCACCGAAGGAGUAUUCUUGUUGACAACUACUCCUAGACCAGUUAUUGUGGAACCACUUGAACAACUGGAUGAUGAAGAUGGUCUUCCAGAAAAGCUUGCUCAGAAGAAUCCAAUGUAUCAAAAGGAAAGAGAAACUCCACCCCGCUUUGCUCAGCAUGGCAGUUUUGAAUUUGAAUAUUCCCAGAGGUGGAAAUCCUUAGAUGAAAUGGAAAAACAGCAAAGAGAUCAGGUGGAGAAAAACAUGAAAGAUGCCAAAGACAAACUUGAAAGUGAAAUGGAAGAUGCCUAUCAUGAACAUCAGGCAAACCUCUUGCGUCAAGAUCUUAUGAGGCGUCAAGAAGAAUUGAGGCGUAUGGAGGAACUUCAUAAUCAAGAAAUGCAGAAACGCAAGGAAAUUCAGCUAAGGCAGGAGGAAGAACGUCGUAGACGGGAAGAAGAAAUGAUGAUUCGCCAGCGUGAGAUGGAAGAACAGAUGAGAAGACAAAGGGAAGAGAAUUACAGUAGAAUGGGUUAUAUGGAUCCGAGAGAGAGAGACAUGAGAAUGGGUGGUGCCAGCACAAUGAACAUGGGAGAUCCCUAUGGUGCAGCAGCUCAGAAAUUCCCACCUAUGGGUGGCGGCGGCAGUGGCGGCAGCAUAGGUUAUGAAGCCAGUCCUGGUGUUGGCCAACCAGCCAUGAGUGGUUCUAUGAUGGGAAGUGACAUGCGUGCUGAACGCUUUGGGCAGGGAGGUGCGGGGCCUGUGGGUGGCCAGGGUCCUAGAGGAAUGGGGCCUGGAACACCAGCAGGAUAUGGUAGAGGGAGAGAAGAAUAUGAAGGCCCAAACAAAAAGCCCCGAUUUUAGAUGUGACCAGUAGUUUCAUUCCAGUUUGUUUUUGUCUGCCUUGUUUAGACACCAACUUUUAAAUUCUUGCAUUUUAGUAAGAAAGCUACAUUUUUAUGGAUGUUAGAAACUAGUGACCUAAUAUUUGUAAGUGGUCUGUUUGGACGAGUAAAAUUUAAUUAUGUAAUGCAGUGUUUCAAAAAAAAAAUUUAGCUGUUUUUUUUAUGUAUAACAUCCCUAGCUUGAUGGCAGUGUACCAAUUUUUUUUACUGUGCUUCAAAUAAAUAGAAUACUAAAUGUAGUAACUAUUCUGAUCAUAAACUCGCCAUUCGUGGUUCUAAAUGAGGCUAAAUGCCGUAUCUUUCAACAUAAAACAAAUGAGUUUUGGAUUUAGAGGUCUGAUUUAGACCAGGAUGCGGAAAAGUAGCUUAAGGGUGAGGCUUCCUCCCAUUAUGCCACAAGCUUUACGUUUGGGUCAAAUAGUUGUAGACCGAUACUUGAUCUUCCAAUGGGUACGGAUUUUCAGAGCAUUCCUUAUACUGCAAUAAGGAAAUAAAUGGAAAUUUUGCAAGUGUUGUAAGAUGCAGUAAUAGAAACUAAACAGCAAAUGAUGCUGUCAUGUAAUGAGUUUUAGAUUUUAACAAUGGAGGGUGGGAUGGUGGCAGACACUUAUCUCUUUGGCAUCCACUGCUUGAAAUCUUCUAAAGAAGUUGAAAAGGUCACUUUUUAAAAUAAAGCCACAGAAUGGCUUGGAUUAACUGGCUUCUCAAAUAAAGGGCUGUAAACGUGACAAAUGUUUGUUUUAUACGUAAGCUGUCUACCUGAGAUGCAGGAUUGGCCUAGUUCAGUAUUUAAUACCUAACUGAAAUUGCUUGGCAAGAAGACCAGGGAGUAUUACUUAAGUAAAACAAGGAGACUUUUAAUUUGUACUCUGUAACUUGCUUAUGUCCUUAUGCUAACUGGGUGGACUAACUCUUAAAGUUCAGAAAUCAACUAGGGUUAAUUUUCAGGGGUCUUUAAAAACUGAAAUCUUCUUUCAUAGACCUUGUAGUACUUAAAUCCUAAAAUGCAUCAUGUUAAAUUCAGAUAAAUAAAUAGCCUCUUGCACUGUAGCAGGGUUCUCAGCUUUUUUUGAGUCAUGUCCAGUCUUAGCAUUUCUUUUUACUUGGAGCUUCUGCUGUCCAUGUGCCAAGUCACAGUGCCACUUAAGUUUGGCUCAGCUCACCGCACCUUCUGGUUGAGAACCCCUGUUCUGAUAUUGUCAGAUACCUUAAUGCUGAUGUUUGGCAGGCAAGAGUAGGACUAAACCUGGAGUUCAGUAGCUAAUGCUAUAUAGUACAAAUAAAACUUCCUCUUAAGAUUCUGACGGAGGAGAUGGUUUCAUGAAUUUACAGUUUGCUGUCCACUUAAUUAAACCCCUUAAGAAUGCAAGGUAUUCUGGACUCUGAUAUUAAUGUAGUUACUUCAUUACUGUGAUUGUAGCUGACAUGCUGGGAGCAUGGCUUCCCAGUGUAAAAUGCCUUGGUAUUAAGACACAGGAUACAUCAACCUGCUUGUGCAAAGUUGGCAAACUUAUUUGGUUUGGUUGUAUUUUUACCUGACUCCCAAAAUGUUGAGCAUUCUGUGAAUAGUUUUAAUUGUUAGAAGGUUUUUCCACUGUUUGUGCUAAGCAUUGGCUAAUCCUAAAUUCUGUAUGGAUAAAAGUUUGUGUUUAGUUUUCAUUACCUUGGAAUACAAACAGUCCGUCCUCAGAAGUGAGCACUGUUUAAAUGCUGACUGUUAAACUUCAAAUGUAAUACUGGCAAGCUGUGAAAUGUUGAUAACCAGGUGUGUGACUAAAUGUUAAGUAUCUAAAUAGAGACUCAGCCAGUUUGGCAAAUCUGUUCCUAUUUUCCCAGAACUUUUUAAGAGGGUAGAUGACACUUUACCUCUAUGAAUUGAAAUGUAGGAAAUCUUGGAUCAGCAGUUCUUAAACUGAAGAUCAAGUUUCUGGGAUCUUUUGUAUAGGAUUCUUAGUUUAAAAUCAGCAGUCCAAUUACAACUUGUAUAAAUUUUAUAGUAGGGACUCAAUGCAAAUGCUUUCAAAAGGGUGUUUGUGGACACCCACAGAGGGUGAAAGUGUCUGAGAUGGGAAACUCUGACAGUAAACAUUAAAUUAAUUUUUUCAGUUUAUUUUUCAGAUUACAUGUCAUUCUUUAUUAAAGAGAUGCUGGCACAUAUCCUAAAAUACUUUCUUUUGUAGUACUGUAACUCUGAAGAGUGAAGGAUGCUGAUGUCCUAAUCAUUACCUUCCAGAGGCUUUCUUUUUAGAACCCCUAAUUUGUAUGUAAGCUGUUGCUGGGUCUUAAAAAUAGACUGUUUGCUAAACUGUGUUUAGCAAACAUAUACUGAAUGGUUCAGCAGUUUCUACAGCUUCUGAAAUAGUUUUAUUAAACAGUGUACCCUGUGUUAUAGCUGCAUAAGCAGACUUUUUAAAACAGAAUCAAGUCCUGCUUUGAGUUGCAUACAGUAGCUUCUGGCCAAUUUGAUUUCAGAACCUUUUAAAGGUACAAUCUUAAAAGCUGACAGACAAAUGUCAGAAUUUUACAAUUUUAUACCCAGUUAUUAAGUUGGUGGGAGGUGUUAAGGAAGUUGUCAUGUUCCUUUGGUUUUUCCCCAUGGUUCUGUGGUUUUGGAGUAUUCACAAAGUUAGGUGAUUUACAUAACUGAAGUAAAGGGUUUUCAAAUCCAUUAAGAAAAGUCCUUGGUCUGGCAGGCCCAUUUCCAGAUGGUUGAGACCAUGUAGAACUUUUUUGUAUUGGAUUUGGAGAAAAUACUGGCUUUUGCAAUUUAGUCUGCUUUAAUUAAAUUGAGCCCAUUUAAACUUUUAAUCUCUGCAACAUAUAGAAAUGGGUAUUCUUUUGCAUGUUUUCACACUUCCUUAAAAAUGAAUACAGAGCAUAUCUACAGUACUAUGUAGAUUCAUCAUACCACCUAAUAGAAAUACAGCUUAUGAGAAAUUGAAACUGCUCUUGUGAGAUUCUGUGGUAUUUUUAUGGUAGAAAAAUUCUUGGCUUCUCCUUGGCGGCAACCACUUACUGUGGCAGCAAGUUUUUGCUGGAGUUUUUGAGACUGCAAUUUUACACUCUUAAAAGUAGUGGCCUGCUACAUAACUGCACUUAGCCAGCAUUUCUGCAGUUCAUAACUGUGAGGAACGUAGUACCACAAAUGGCAAUGGACAUUAGGACCCGGAUGUAGUAUUCCUGCUUGCUCCGAGAUUCUCAUUGCCGACUGCGUACAGGUGAAGAUGAUGCAAGCUGAGUGAAAUCAACGUGCUCAUCCAUGUGAACAGUAGAGCCUGAGCACAAUCCAGAAUGUGACUUGAUGUCCGGUGAUGUGGAGUAGUCAGAUUGCGAAGUGAAUGGAACCAAGAUAAGCAUUGUUUGAGGCUUUCCGGCUCUGCAGCAUCAAUAAACCCUGCUCACUGAACUCUACAGAUGCUCAGACACAAAACAAGGAAGCUAACAUGUUAAUUUCAAGCACCAUAAGAAAAGCAUGGUGCAUUAGGAGGAGAGAGGUUUAGGGCAGAUAGCGUAAUACUUGAUUAAAACAAUUACAUAAAUUAAACUUGAUACAAAAAUAUUGGUUUUGCUUUUCAUCUUCAAAACAUUUUACAGUUGAACUUCACAACACCCCGUAAGGUAGGUGAAUCAAUAUUAUACUUGUUUUAUAGGUGGGGAAGCAAGCAGACCGGAGGUAGUAUGCAGGGACUAUAAGAAGGAAUCUGUAGAGCUGGAAUUAAACUAGAAUUUUUUUUCCCACCAUUUGACCAGACUUCAGUCUAAAACACUUACCAAAUAUGAUGGCAGUAUUUAAAACCACAGACCUGGGGGAAACUUGCUAAAUAUUUUCUUUUGCACUCUUGAUGGUUGUAUACAUCUGAUCUAUCCUUUAGGCAGUUUGAACAGAAUGAACACUUAGAAUUUGAAACCAGUGACGUAAAGAUUCUUAAGAGUUGAUCCUAAUGCUACGUAGUCCAAUUCAGAACUGCUUCUAUGUCCCUGUUUCUAUGCUAUUCACUUAAUCCCAGAUGUAACCUGAAAGCGCUUAUAUUGCUAAAGAAUGUUUGUUCCAGAUGCAUGAUUUGUGUUCAUUCAAUGUUUCUUUUUUUAAAGUGACCUAUGUAUGAUGAUUACUGGUAACAUCUGUAGAUUUUUGGGGCUAACUUUGUGUUUUUGCAUUCACAGGAAGAAGCAGUGUUUGAAGUCGAGGAACCAGGGACUUAAGUGGCAAUGUUUUUUUCUUUCAAUAAAAUACUCAAUUGCUGUACAAAUAA